CUUACGGAUAUGUGACUAUAUACUAAAGCGCAGGCUGCUCAGACACACCACGUUCGCCAGCAGCGUAGCUUGUCGAAAUGUCACCCAUUCCUGAUCUCGCUACCGUUUUUGACAUUGACGGACAAACUUUCGAUUUUGUCAUCAUCGGCGGUGGUAUCGCGGGAUGCGUCUUGGCCAACCGACUUUCUGAGGACCCCAAUGUCUCAGUGGCGAUGCUCGAGGCAGGCAAGUCGCGCUUGGAUGACCCAGUCGUCUCGAGUCCCGUGGGAUACCUCCAGGAACUCAUGAACCCCGAGUAUGACUGGCUGUUUCCUAUUGCGCCGCAGCCGAACGCAUCGACCGCGCACAUGAUACCUUGGAACCGGGGGAAAAUGCUCGGCGGAAGCUCUGCGAUCAACGUCAUGGCAUACACCAAGCCCGCUCGCGAAGAGCUCGAUGCUCUUGAGACUCUUGGGAACCCCGGGUGGAACUGGUCUUCGUACCAGAAGUACGCGAACAAGGCUGAGGGAUUCCGCACUCCCGCACCCGCGAUUAUGGAUGAGGACUUUCGCAACUUGUACAAUCCUGAUUCCGUCGGGCACGAUGGAAAUCUCACACUGUCCUUUGUUCCAACUGGGUCCAAUGCGGACUCUGCGUUUCAGAAGAGUUUGGCUAACAACGGGUUGGACAUACGGUCAGAUGCGCUCGGCGGAGAAAUCACUGGUAUUGCGAAGACGCUGUCAACCCUCGAUCCGAAGACUGGCUACCGAGUCAGCGCUGCGACGGCGUACUUGCUUCCGGCGCUCGGCAGACCAAAUCUCAAGAUUCUCACAGAAGCGUAUGCCUGCCGGAUCGUCACAGAAACGGAGGCAGGCGGCAUCGUCGCUCGUGCGGUCGAGUUCGAGCAUGGCGGCAAGCAGUACACAGCAUCGGCCGCGCGCGAAGUCAUCGUUUCUGCUGGGACUGUCAAGACCCCGCAGAUCCUCGAGCUCAGCGGUAUCGGCGAUCCGAAGGUCCUCGAGCCCCUGGGGAUCAAGGCCGUCCUCGACCUGCCCUCUGUCGGCACGAACGUGCAGGAGCAUAUCGUGGUCGCCAAUCUGAAUUAUCGGAUGCAAGACGACAGGAACAUCGUCACCAACCACAUCCUCGCCGACAAGGAGUACAUGGCCGAGGUGCACAAGCGUCUCGGCCUGCAGACCGAGUACGCGCUGCUCGCAAACAACUUCGCCUUCGUGCCGCUGCACGUCGCGUCGCCCAACGCGGCGGCGCUCAUCGCGCGGAAGCGGGCGGAGCUCGCGCAGCGCGCCCCGACGCUCCCGCCCGGCCUGCGCAAGCAGUACGAGGUCCAGCUGGAACUGAUGGCGAGCGGGCGCAACGCGGACAUCGAGAUGAUGUCGUCUGCGGUCGUGCUGACGCCGAUGGCGGAGCCGGCGAAGCCGCACAUGGCGCUCGUCGCCGAGCUGACGCAUCCCUGGUCGCGCGGCACCAUCCACGUCGCCUCCGCGGACCCGAAGGCGCACCCGCACAUCGACCCGCGCUUCCUCUCGGACGCGUUCGACCUCGACGUCCUCGCCGAGGGCUUCAAGUUCGCGCUCAAGGUCGGCGAGACGGAGCCGUUCCGCGGGAUGACGAAGGCGCGCGUGGGCCCCCCGCCCGAGGUGGACCUGUCCACGGACGAGGGCAUCAGAGAUUACGUGCGCGCGAACAUCUUUGUCACCUGGCACGCAUGCGGCGCCGCGUCCAUGCUGCCCAAGGACCUCGGCGGCGUCGUGGACCCGCAGCUGAGGGUGUACGGCACGACGAACAUCCGGGUCGUGGACCUGUCGGUGCUGCCGCUUCAGCUCUCUGUACACUCCCAGGCGUUCGUGUAUGCUUUGGCAGAGCAAGCUGCCGAUAUCAUCAAAGGGAUUCCGAUGUAGGUGACUUCGACUCUGUCGCUUGCACUUGAUUCUUGCUGCUUGUCCUACUUCCCGGAUGAUAUGAACUGUUGGCGUGAGGCAUUUUGUCGGGCUCUGAGCUGUUCCGGUUUGC